AUGGAAGAAAUAAUUGAUGACUUAAUUUAUUAUGUUCGAACAGAUGAAAUAGAGGAAAUACAAAAGAUAUUAGAAAAUGAAAAUAUAAAAACAAUAAACAAUAUAAAGGAUGAAAAUAAUAAUUCAUUAUUACAUUUUGCUUGUGCAAAUAAUAAUGUAGAUAUGAUUAGAUUUCUAUUAUAUGAAUGUACUAUUGACUAUAACUUAUUUAACAAUAGUGGCAACAGUCCUUUAUUAUGGGCUAUACAAAAUAAACAUGUUGAAGCAAUCAAAGAAGUUCUUUUUUUCGAUUACUACUUACAUAAGAUUGAAUAUAUAGCUAUUGAGAAAAAACCAAAUGAACUUUAUGAAAAUAUAUUUAAAGAAAUAAUUACUCCAACUUUUUUAAAAACAAAUUAUAAAUUGAACAACCAAAUAAAAAACAAAAUUAAUGCUUUAAACAUACUUGAUUAUUUUACUUUUUUACAUACAAAUGAUAAGUUAGAGAAUUAUUCUUUUCCUAAUAAGCAUGAACUAGAUUUAUAUAAAGAAAGAAAUAAAAUAUAUUUAUUAAAAAAUAAUGAGUUUUCGAAAAAUAUUUUAUCUGAAUCUUUCAAUAUACAAAAUGAAAAUAUAUUACACUUAAUUUUAAAUCAUCCUAUAUCUAGCAUUUUAGACAAUCAAGAAAGUGUUGAAAAUAAUCCAAACUUUAAAUUGAAUAGUAAUGUAGAUCAGGGUAGUAAUAACGAGAUUAAAGAAAAUGAUUUUACAACUAACAUUAGUGAAGCUAAAAUAGUUCAAGAACAAGUCCAUGAAUUAAUAAUUAAUGAAUCAAUAAAAAUUAAUGAAAAAAAUGUAAUAGUAAAAAUAAGAGAAAUAGGAUUAAAUUAUUUUGGAAAAUGUAUUGAUGAUAAUAAUUUAAAAAAUGAUUUAACUGGAAUUAAUAUAUGGGAAUGUAGUAUAAUAGCUAGUAAAUGGCUUGCUGAUUUAUGUAUACAAAAUAAUUCAAUUUUUAGUAAUAAAAAUAUAUUAGAAAUUGGAUCAGGAUGUGGUUUAAACUCUCUUUCUUUAUUUAUACAUUCCAAUAUUGUAGGUCGUUCAAGUUCAAAUGUAGGACCUGCUAAUUUAGUAAUUAGUGAUAUUAACGAGUUUACAUUAAACAAUAUAAUAUAUAAUACUCAAAUAAAUAAAGAUCUAUUAAAUUAUUGUGAUAUGAAUUGGGGAAAUAAAAUAAAAAUAUAUAAUAUGGAUUGGACAGAUGAUAAUACAUAUUUAAAAGAUGUAGAUAAUCAAACUUAUUUAAAAUAUGAUUGUAUUAUUGGUAGUGAUCUUAUAUAUGAUAAAAAUAUUGUACCAUCUAUUCUAUUCUUACUAAAUAAUUUAUUGAAAAAAAAUGGAACUUUUUUUUAUGUUUGCAAACAAAAUAGAGAUGGUGUUCAACUUUUUUUUGAACAAUUAAAACAAAAUUUUAUUGUUGAAUUUUUCAAACCACCAGAAAAUUAUUUUAUUAACACUUUUAUUAAUAUGGAUCAAGAAUUGUUUGAGACAAAGUUCUCAGAGUUUGGAUCCGCUAACCAGAUAGUAAUGCUAAAAUGUAUACCCUUACAAUAG